AUGUCUUCCUCCAAAGUCGCAAUUAUUACUGGUGGUGCUUCGGGAAUGGGAUUGGCCGUCGCCAAACGACUUGCUGAAACAGGCUGGCAGGUCAACAUCUUGGACUUCAACAAAACAGCUGGGGACGCAGUCACGCGUGAGGUUGAGAAUUCCAAGUUUAUAGCUGUCGAUGUUACGUCAUGGGCCUCCUUGUCAAACGCAUUUGACUCCGUCUUCAAAGAACAAGGCAGACUGGACUUUGUCUUUGCAAAUGCGGGGAUAAUACAGAUGCACAACUUCUACGAGCCAGUGGACUCAUUGCCACCGCCUGAGUUGCUGCAAACCAGCAUCGACAUCAAUUUGAAGGCCGUCAUUAACACCAGCUAUUUGGCGCAGCAUUACUUCAGAUCAAACAAGUAUCGAGACUGUGACGCAGUUCUGAUUGUGACUGCAAGCAUUGCAGGCUUUUACCAGCAAGAGUUCAACCCUCUUUAUUCCGCGUCCAAAGCUGGCGUGGUCAACUUCCUACGCUCGAUUGGCAGGCCCUUUUACAAAGAUGGUAUCCGGGCAUACGCCAUGUGCCCAGGAACCGUGCGGACAAAUCUGCUCUCUGGGGAAGUUUGGGAUUCCUUUCCAGAAGAGUACCUAACACCAAUCGACACCAUCGUCUCGACGGUGGACACUCUCCUCACUGGUGGGCCCAUGACGGACGCGAAGGGGAAGCGCGUUGAAAAGGGCUCUGACUAUGGUCUGGCUGUCGAAGUAUUCCAGACAAGCUUCUAUUUC